ACUAGUUGUGUGUGAUGCUCUUCAAAAUGGCUGCCGUGUAGACGUAACACAAACCUAUGGUCUGUUUUGAAGAGAAACAUGAACUUAACGGAAGCCCUGCAAUAGAUUAUCAAAUUCAAAAUGGACUGGGGCUCCUCGCCUACUUGAAGAGUUUAUUGUCUAUCUCAAAGACAAGGGUUAGAAUGGACUGCUUGUGAAACCGAGAUUCGACUUGAAGCUUAGAUCGGGCUUCUAGAAUUCGUGGGAAUUGAUUUUCCCUACUCUUUUUUGCGAUUUUCUAUUAUGGCAUGGCCUAGCUCAAGGGAUAGUGAAUCCUUUCAUAGCCAUGUAUUACCUGGAGCUUGGCGUUGUUCCGGUCGAAAUAAUGAGGAAAUGGUGGAUAAAUUCGUUCAUACUGGAAUUAUCACAUCGAAGGAAGUGGAAGAUGCAUUUAGAGCGGUGCCAAGAGGAGCUUUUGUCCCCCCGGAAUUGUACGAGGAGGCGUACUAUGACCAGCCGUUACGGGGGGACCCACAUAUACACAUGUCGGCACCUCAUAUGUACGCAGGAGUGUUGGAAGCGCUAGACCUUUGCCCAGGUCUAUCAUUUUUGAAUGUGGGCAGUGGAACAGGCUACUUCUCAUGUCUUGUGGGGUACAUUAUCAAGCGCAACAGCAUCAACCAUGGAGUUGAGAUUCGCAAAGACUUGGUUGAAUUUGCUUGUGAAAGACGAGAUGAGUUUCUCAGAUUUAGUCCUCAUUUGAUGCGAGAGAUAUGUCAACCUGUCUUUCUUCUGGGAAACUGUUUCAGACUUGAUCCGUCUGACAGAAAGUAUGAUAGGAUAUACUGUGGAUCUGCAUGCCCACCAAGCAAAGUUGCAUUCAUCCUAUCCAUGACAAAAAUUGGGGGAUUUGCCAUCAUUCCCUGCAGAAAUAAGUUGUUGAAGAUAGAGCGUAUUUCCCCGACGCGUGUAAAGCAGUCCGUACUGAGUGAGGUGUGCUUUGCCACACUCCUUCCUGUCCCAGAGAGAGAGUCUUCACUUCCCAAGCUCAAGUUUCCUCCUGACAACCUCAAGAAACAAGAAAAGACGCUGCAUGUGAGGCCGGCCAGUGAUUUGCUGAUCAGCCAAGGACAGGCAAGGACAACCCUCUCCAGACUCAGAGCUCUUCAGGAUGCCUGUGAGUGUUUCAAGACAUCUCAGCCUAUUCCCUUACCAUUUUGUUAUGUGCCCUGCUCUCUUCACCUACAAGAAAUGAAAAAAGGCAAAAAGCUAAAAAGUGCACAGACUGCAAAACCAGUCCAGUCUCACAUGUGCCCAGUUGAUAGUCCAAUCCCUUUCUUUGGUAACAGCAAAAGUGCCGGCAUGUCUAGUUCUAAUGAGAGUUUACUUUCUGGUACAGAGGAUAUAUGGGAUCACUUGCAGUCUGACAAAAUUUGGGAAAAAGUCCUUGGUUAUUACUACAGCUUGUGCAGUGUUACCCCACAGCAGAAGGAGAGAACUUUAGAUGUAUAUAUUAAAAAGAAGGUUAGUGCUGGAUCAAGAACAGCAGAAAUGAAGCGACCUCUUUCUUAUGCAGAUUUAAUGCAGAAGUUACUGCAGAGCUCCCCGUCUUUGAGUAAGACAGACAACAAUGCAGAGAAUACUACCAAUGGAAAUGAAGCUAGCCCCAAUAGAAACGAAUCUAUUAGAAAAGGAAGCAGUUAUAAUGCUCAUAUGCCUGACUUGGGAUCGCCAAAGGCAAGCAAUGAUAGUCAGGACUCUCCAGAAGCAAUCAAUUUCGAUGGAUCUAAAAAUGUUACUACAGACACAGAGGAUGGAAAAUUGGAAAACAUGGGACAAACAAGUAAUAUUGAGAAUGGUGGAAAACAAAGGAAUACCAAUAUUGUAGAGGCAAAUAAUGUUCACAUUGUUAAUCCACACUUGGAUUGUGAGGGAGGGCUUGCACACGAUUCUUCUAUUUGCCCCUCUCUUGAAAUCUCUGAAGGCACACCCUCUAAUAAUCAACUCAGUAACAAAUGUGUUAGAUUAGAGACUCAGAAUGGAGCUACAUGCCCAGAUUCACUAGAAGACCUAAACUCUGCUCCUAAAUUUUCUCUGCGUUCUGAAUCUAGUAAUGGAAACAAAGAGCAGAAGAUAUUAACUGACUCAGCUGAGGGAGAUAAGAGUGACUGUAGAGAUAUUUCUGUUAAUAACGGUGGCGGCACUAUGUAUAAGAAUGUUUUGCUAAGUGUAGAUCAAAGACAUAUGGACCGGUUACGUGGGGUCACCAAAGGCAAGUGGGCUCUUGAGUAUGACUUGGAACUUAUCAGGUUUCUGACAGACAUCACUGAGAAAUCCAGUAAAGGGAGAUGCAAGGGAUGGUUCAAGUCAGAGCUAAUCCGACCUGAACUCUUUGCACGUGUUGACACUCUGGCAUAUCCCAGGAUAGGGUCCCACCCGCCCGAAAACCUGACCUUCCGUGCAGUCACUCUUUGCCGUAUUGCCAAAAUCCUGGACUCCACCCUGUACCUCCUCAGUGGACCCUCCCUCUCGAUGGAGCUCGGCACUGCCGGACCCAAGCACAGACUGGAGUCCUUCACCAACUUUUCUUUCCUCUCCUCUCAAAAUUCCUGGGGGAUACCAUCGGUUCAAGAGGUUGACAGCCCUGUGAAGGAGGGUGCUGCUGCUAUAAGGGAGAGCAUUGUGAAGGUGUGUUAUGGAGAUGAGAAGGCAGAGAAGAUGCUUGAACUGGUGAGGAGUCAGGUGGAGCUGACUAGCAAAAAGUUGAAGCUCACACAAGGCUUGCAAGACCAAUACAAAGAGCAAUACAAGCUUCUAAAAAAGCAGGUUACUCUACUUGAUGAAAAGCAGCAACUGGUUCAAGUUGGCCGUACACGUGAGAAUAUAGCACAUGAGCGUAUGGGGUCUUCUGAGUCCUCUAUAGCAUCAGAACUAAAGCAACAAAGGCAGGAAGCAAAUGGGAAACUGCAGAAGCUCAUUGAUCUACAGGCAGAGCAGGAGAUGAAGAAGUCGAACUUGCUGACUGAUCUCAAGAGGUUACAAGAGGAGGAAAAAAGACUUUUACAGCCUGAACCAAAAUUGAUGACUGUCUCAGACACUCCAGGCGUUACACCAGCUUGCCUACCCAUUCCCUGCCCCCCAAAGGCACUCCCUGAAGCAGCCACUUUCACGAGAAAGGACCCAUUGGCAGGCAAACAACCUUCUAUCUGUGGAAUUCCAACUCGAUACCAGCUCCCUGCCCUCCUACCCCAACUUCGUUUUCUCCUUCCUCUCUGCCGACAGCGCUGGAGGAUUGUGCAAGAGUUACUGCACUCCACAGAGACGACCCCCCCUGAGCACUUGCCCAUUGUGACGGUCGAUAGGAGGUUGCCAGUUAGUGAGCGAGGCCAUGACCAGGAGAAGAGUGUACUGGUGCAGGUAUACAAGGAGCUACGCUGCGAGGGUCUUAAUUACAGAUGGAACAAGUGGAAGUAUGACCAAUGGUGGGAGGUCAAGUUCAUUGGUGAAGGGAUUAUUGACCAGGGUGGUGGUUUCCGGGAAUCACUUGUUGAAAUGACUGAUGAACUCUGCCCACCAGAGUUUGGCUCACUGGAGGUGCUUCCUUUCUUUGUCAGAACUGCAAACAACAAGGACGCUGUUGGCGAUUAUCAGGACUCGUACCUGCCUUCCCCCUCAUGCACGGAGUGGUCCGUUUACGAGUGGUUGGGCAAGAUCCUUGGCGCACUCUACCGCAGCGAUGAGAACAUGACUUUGACCUUUCCGCCGUUUCUAUGGAAACUUCUUGUUGGCGAGCAUGUGACGUGGGCUAAGGACUUCGUGGAUGUGGACGAGGCGGCUGUCAUGUUCACGGAUGAACUGGAGCGUAUGGAUGAAGAUCUGUACGUGGCGACGUACAGAAACGAGUGCAAGUUCAGCACGGUCCUCAGCGACGGCACGACCAAAGAGCUCAUUCCUGGCGGAAAUGACGUCACUGUUGGGCCCGCAGACAGGCAGCGGUUUGCAGCGCUGCUUCGUGAGGCACGGAUGACGGAGUCGGUGCAACAGGUGCUGGCGUUGCGCCGAGGUCUGAUGUCUGUGAUUCCCGAGUCCGCCCUGAGUCUGAUCACGUGGAACGAGCUUGAGCGAGGGAUCUGCGGCAACCCAGACGUCUCGCCAUCGGUGCUGAAAAGCGCAUGCAAAUACGGGGACGACCUGUCCGAGUCAAGCGAGUGCAUCAAGUUUCUCUGGGCCGCGCUUGCGCAGUUUACCAAUGACGAGCGGAGCAGGUUUCUGCGUUUUGUGACUGGCAGGAGGCGUCCCCCCGCGCCUUUCACGGUCGCCAAGGCCGGGGAUGGCCGCAAUGCGCUGCCCACAGCCUCCACCUGCGCCAGCACCAUCUAUUGGCCCGCAUACACGUCCGCUGCCAUGGCAACGGCCAGACUCAGGUACGCGGUAUACAAUUGUGUUGCCAUUGAUACAGACACAAGUCCAUGGUGAGAAGAGAUCUUGGCAUUGAUACAGACACAAGCCCAUGGUGAGAAGAGAUCUUGGCGUUGACGACCAAUUGACGUUGGACUUUUGACUUUGAACUUUUAAAAUGGUAACUAUUUUAUAAGCUUGAUGCUGAAACGAAGCUUGAAGUUGAAACGAAAAAUAGACAGAUAGAAACCAUAUACAGCUUUUUAGCUGUUUACCGUAUGGUACAUAUAUAUCAAAUAAUCUACUAUACAGAGAAAAGUAAAUGUUUUAGCUUGCAAAAAUAUAUAUGCUGUAAGGAGUUGCAAAUAAAAAGCUUAUAUCCAAGGCGA